AUGAACCUUUCCUUUUGGAAUGUUAGGGGAUUAAAUAAAUCUCCUAAACAACAUCUAGUUAAGCAACACAUUCAUCAAUACCAUAUAUCUUUUGUUGCUCUACUGGAAACCAAAAUUAAGGAAGGGAAACUGCCUGAAAUAGUUAAAAGAAUUGCAGCCAACUGGAGAUGGUUCUCAAAUGCAAACAGUACAUGCACUGCUAGGAUUUUGAUGCUAUGGGAUCCUAAUAUUCUGGAUUUACAAAUUUCUGGUUUCUCAGCCCAACAUAUCACUUGCAAAGUUUGUUCUACUGAUGGAAGGGUGGACUGUUAUAUCUCUUCAAUUUAUGGUUUUAAUCAUAUGGAAAUGAGAAAAGAGCUUUGGUUAGAUUUGUACCAGAUCCAUCAAGUGAUUGGUAACUCACAUUGGCUUCUUAGUGGAGAUUUUAAUGCAGUGCUGGGAAAUGAAGAAAAAUUAGGUGGUGUUAUGCUUACAGAUGCUGAUAUCUUGGACUUUAGAUCAUUCACAGAGGAUUGUCAGCUUUCCCACUUAAAAACAUUGGGAUGUUUCUACACUUGGAACAAUAAACAGGACUCUGCCACUAGAGUCUGGAGUAGAUUGGAUAGAUCCCUUGUUAAUGAUUCUUGGAUCCAGAUUUUUAAUUCCAGUCAUGUUGAGUACUUACUCCCAAGCUUCUCAGAUCAUUCUACAUGCCUUAUAUCUAUAUAUGAUGAAGAAAUCAGAGGUAAAAAGCCAUUUAAGUUCUAUAAAAUAUGGAUCAAUCAUUCCAGUUUCCUUCCUACUGUUUCUUCAGUUUGGCAAUCUCACAUUGGAGGGUAUAAAAUGUUCUCUGUAAACUCAAAGCUCAAACUUUUGAAAGGUGCAUUAGAGAACCUCAAUCAGGUGCACUUCUACAAUAUCUGUGAUCAGGUGAAUAAAGCUAGGCUGGAGGUGGAGGAUAUUCAAAAAAAGAUACAAAAUGAUCCCCUCAACCCAGUCCUCAUCAGUCAAGAAAAAUGCAGUAUUUCCUCCUAUAACAAACUCCUGAAUUGUGAAUUGUCCUUCUUCCAACAAAAAGCUAAAAUUGCUUGGAGCUUACAAGGGGAUAGGUCCACCAGCUAUUUCCACUCUGUCAUCAAAUCUAAUAGACACCACAAAAGAAUCAUGGUUCUCUACAACAGCUCUGGUGAAAGGAUUACUGAGGCUGAUAAUAUUGCAAAUGAGUUAACUUCUUUUUUCAAGAACGUCAUGGGUACUGCAGUUGUAACAAGUAAGUUGCUUAGCUGCUCCUGUUUCCAAAGAUGA